CAUCGCGCUUUAACCUAUAUUCUCCCCCUCUCUCCAGCUUUCGCUCUCUGUAAGGUGCAAUCAAAAGCAAGAAAGGGUUUCUUUGGCUCUCACUCUUUCUUAUCUCUCUUGUCCCCUCUCGCCGAUCAUCCAUGGCCGACCGCAACGACUCCGAUUCUCGCCACCACCUCUCCGUCACGCCUCCCCCUCAGCAGAUCUCCAAAGAUAUUCAAGGGUUUGAAAAUACCAUUCCACUCUCACCACAGUGGCUUCUGCCAAAGCCAGGGGAGAGUAAGCCUGGAAUAGCAGCUGUGGAAAACCAUUUCAGCCUGCAUCCAGCUUAUGGCAAUCGCUCGGAUGUCUUGAAGUCUCCUGGAAAUGGUGAGGAGAUGCUCGAAAGCCAUAAGAAAAAGGAUGUCUUCAGGCCAUCCUUGCUUGAUAUGGAACCAGGUCGCCGUGACCGCUGGCGUGAUGAAGAAAGGGACACUAAUUCCUCCAUGCGCAAAGAUCGUUGGAGGGAUGGAGAGAAAGACCUUGGUGACAAUCGUAGGAUGGAUCGUUGGAUGGAAAAUUCAUCCAUUAGACAACUUGGAGAAGUGCGUCGUGCUCCAUCUGAGCGGUGGUCUGACUCAAGUAACCGGGAUAGUAACUAUGAACAACGGCGUGAGAGCAAAUGGAACACACGCUGGGGGCCUGAUGAUAAGGAGACUGAAGGUUUGCGUGAGAAGUGGAUCGAUUCUGGCAGAGAUGGUGAUGUACAUCUUGAUAAGGGGAUGUCUCAUGUUGCCAAUUAUGGAAAGGAUGAGAAGGAGGGGGAUCAUUAUCGUCCAUGGAGAUCUAGUACCUUACAAAGCCGAGGACGGGGAGAACCUCCUCACCACCAAAGCUUAACACCAAACAAACAAGUUUCUACAUUUUCUUAUGGCCGUGGACGUGGGGAAAAUACACCUCCAACCUUUUCUCUAGGACGUGGACGGGGAAACUAUGGUGGCAGCUCUACUACUAACACACAUUCUCUUGGAACAGGGGCAGACAAAGUUGAGAGUGGCCAAGGGGAGCCUUACCGUUUAAGAUAUAGUAGAACAAAGUUGCUUGAUGUAUACAGAACGACCGAUAUGAGUUCACAUCGAAGAUUGGUUGAUGGGUUUGUAAAAGUGCCAAACCUGACACAAGAUGAAUCAGUAGAGCCCUUGGCACUAUGUGUACCAAAUUCUGAGGAAAUGGCUGUUAUGAAGGGAAUUGACAAAGGGGAUAUAGUAAGUAGUGGUGCUCCACAGGUAGCUAAAGAUGGAAGGACCUCAACAGAUUUUACACAAACAAGACGAGCCAAGCUUGGCUCUAAGGAAGAUUUACUGCAUGCUGUGGAUGAUUAUAAAGAUGAAAGCGCUGAAAAUUUAAGAGGUAGCUCUGCAAAUAUUUCAGAAGGCUCUUCCUAUGAAAGGCAGACACCCUAUCAUGGGUCCAACUUGAAAAUGGAAAUUCCACGAGAUCAUAAGCCUUGCUCAGAUAACAAGUUUAAAGCCGAAGCUUUCAGAGAAGAUGGUGAUCAUUAUAGAAAGGCUGACGAGGUGCCCAUUAAUAAGGAAUCAAGUCUCCCAGGAAAUACUUCUGUUCCUGCCACUACAUGGCGAUCCCCUUCACUGGGAGAACGUUCACAUAAUGCCUUGCAUGAUUGGAGAGAUAAUACAAGUGAUAGCAGGUCCAGGUCCUCUGCUCUGGGCUGGUCAGAACCACCCAAGGAACUACAUAAUGAAUGGGAAAGUAAAUUGGCUAACCUAUCAGAAACCAAAGAUGAAACCAAGUGGCGAACCAGUGAGGAUCCCAUUCUUAAGAGGCAGCCAUCUGGAAUUAUGGACAGGGAACAGGAAGCUAGGAAGGCUCUGCAGCCUUCUCCAGAGGAGUUAAUACUUUAUUAUAAAGAUCCCCAAGGGAGAAUUCAAGGCCCUUUCAAUGGGGUUGAUAUUAUUUCAUGGUUUGAGAGUGGAUAUUUUGGCUUAGAAUUGCCAGUCUGCCUAAGUCCAAAUGGCUUGCCAUGGUUACCGCUUGGUGAUGUUAUGCCCCAUUUACGAGCUAAAGCUGGGCCACCACCUGGAUUUAAUAUGCCAAAACAGAAUGAAUAUGCUGAUGCAUCUAGCAAGCCAAACUUCGGCAGCUUCGGGAAGCUCCACGCUACUGUAAACGAGAUUGAUGUUCAGAGGGACGAACCUAGGCAUAGACAUGGUUCCAUGACAGAAGCUGAGAACAGAUUUUUGGAGUCACUGAUGUCUGGUAAUAUGAGCAGUUCAUCACUGGAAAAGUUUGCUUCUGAAGGUAUGCAAGGAUAUAUUGGAAAUAAUUCAGGUAGUAUGCCGCCGUCAGGAGUAGAUAGUGGAAACAACCUUUACCUGUUGGCGAAGAGAAUGGCUCUUGAACGGCAGAGGUCCGUGCCCAAUUCUUAUCCCUAUUGGCCAGGAAGAGACGCCUCAUCCUUGGUUUCGAAGUCUGAUGUUGUCCCGGACUCUCCAACGCCACAGUCAAAGAUUCUAUCUUCUAUAAAUGACAAUCCUCGUCAACCUCUUCCUUCAAAUAAUGCUGACUUGUUGUCCCUUCUCCAAGGCUCAUCUGACCGGUCAUCCUCUGGUGUAAAUAAUGGUCCUGCUGGUUGGUCGAAUUUUCCUGUCCAAGGUGGAACAGAUCCACUUCCAAAUAAGAUCGACUUCCAUCAUGAUCAGAGUUUCCCUCCCCAAGCCCCAUUUGGAAUCCAACAACAGAGGCUGCAAUCACAAAACCAACCGUCUUUAACCAAUCCAGUUGCUCAAGCUAUAGAUAAUCCAUCUAGUAUUUUUACACCAGAAAAGUUACUUUCAUCUGGCUUAGUACAAGAUCCACAAUUGUUAAAUAUGCUGCAACAACAGUACUUGUUGCAGUUACAUUCGCAGGCACCAGUUCAAACACAGCAGAUGUCAUUGUUAGAUAAGCUUCUGUUGCUGAAACAGCAACAGAAGCAGCAGGAGGAGCAGCAACAGUUGUUACGACAACAACAGUUGCUUUCUCAGGUUCUGCUAGAGCAUCAACCUCACCAGUUAUUUGGUGACCCAUCUUUUGGACAGUUACAGGCAGCUGCAAUACCAACGGGGAAUGCAUCUGUAGAUCCUCCUCGGCUUCAGCCACCACAAGAGAUGUUUCAGAUUGGUUCACAGACGCCAAUUUCCAUUAUUCAAGAUCAACAUAAUUCUAACUUUGUGAAAUUGCCUCCACAAGUUAAUCAUGAUGUUAAUUAUAAUGUAAGUUCUGAAGCCUCUUCCUUGCUUCCACCUCAUCAAUUAUUCGGGAAUAUCGCCCGUCAAAAAACAUGGGACGGUACUGUUCCAGAAGAAACUGCUGAUACCCAUAAAAAAGAAUCAUUACCGACAUCAUCUUUUGUUGAAAGCUCCCGUUUAUUUGAGAUGAUGAACAGAUCUGUGGAGGAGCCUCAGCUUGUGAAGAAAUCUGUUCCUGAUUCUGAAUUCCAUGAUACCAGAACUCUGGAGCAGCCAUCAGACAACACUUUGAGGGCCAAUGAAACUGUCUUGGUUGAGACCUCGGAAGUUACUGCAGAAUCAGUACCUGUUUCUGUGUCAUCAGCAGGAACUCGUAAGGGUGAAAUGCCUGCGCUAGAGCAAAGUGAUUUAAUGAUUCAACCUUGUGUUUUACAUGAAGAACUGCAAGCUGAAAGGGAAAGGUGCACUGUUGAGCCCCCUAUGGUGACAGAAGUUAAGAGUGUUGAAGUGCGUGAGCAAAGAAAAGGCUCUGAGAAGAAGCCUAAGAAGCAAAAAUCUUCCAAGUCACAGUCUUCUGACCAGGUGAAAGAAGUGCCGAAGACUUCGUCUUCGCUGCAAUCAAGGCAAUCUGAUGUUCAAAAGCAGAGCGUUGAGACAGAUGUUGGUGCUGGAGAUGCACUAUAUGGAACAUCUCCGCAAAAGGCAAGAGAUAACAGAAGCAGUAAAUCUGGGAUCGCAACCAUGGAACAUGUGGCUUCACAACAAGUUCAAAGCUUUGUACCUGCCAGAGUUUCGGCGGAUGACAUUGGAGCUGUUGAUGUCAAGAGCAACUCAGGAGUACUUGGUUCUACCUCAGUGCAGGAUACCCAAACACAUACUGGACAUCGAACUUGGAAACCUGCUUCUGGUUUCAAGCCUAAGUCAUUAUUGGAAAUUCAACAGGAAGAACAGAGGAAAGCACAGAUAGAAACAGUAGUAUCUGAGAUCACCACUUCUGUCAACUCCAUGAGUUUGUCAACUCCUUGGGCGGGAGUUUUAGCUAAUCCCGACGCAAAAGUAUCUAGGGAAACUCGCAGAGAUGCAGGGAGUGCUGAGUUAAGUCUAGGGAAACCUGAAGGUUCUGUGAAUCCAAAAAACAAGAAGAGCCAUUUGCAUGACCUAUUGGCAGAAGAAGUUUUGGCAAAGUCUAGUGAAAGAGAUGUUGAAGUUCCUGACAGUAUAUCUACUCUGGCUACUCCACAAGUUAUGACCACCCAUUCGGAAUCCAUAGAUGAUGAUAACUUUAUUGAGGCUAAAGAUACUAAAAAGAGUCGCAAAAAGUCAGCAAAGGCUAAGGGUGCUGGAGCUAAGGUCUCUGUAUCCCUUGCUUCUGAUGUUUCUAUUGGUUCAAGUCCCAUUGAGAAAGGGAAAAGCUCUCGUCCUAUACCGCAGGAGAAGGAAGUAUUGCCCGCAAUCCCAUCAGGGCCUUCUCUAGGAGACUUUGUUCUUUGGAAGGGAGAGCCAGCUAACUCUUCCCCUUCUCCAGCAUGGUUUACUGACUCUGGGAAGCUUGCUAAACCUACAUCUCUAAGGGACAUCCAAAAGGAACAGGAGAAAAGGGUCUCUUCGGCCCACAAUCCAAACCAGAUUCCAACUCCCCAGAAAUCCCAGCCAACUCAGGUCACCCGCACUAGUGGUCCUUUGUGGUCGCUUUCUGCAUCUUCUCCAGCUAAGAGUGCAUCUCCAAGCCUGAACAAUUCCCAUGCUGCUUCUCAGUCAAAAUUUAAAGGAGAAGAUGACCUAUUCUGGGGCCCAAUCGAUCAAUCAAAGCAAGAAACUAAGCAGGCGGAUUUCCCUCAUCUUGCAAGCCAGGGCAGUAGGGUGAUGAAAAGCACUCCUGUCAAAGGAACUUCAGCUGCAUCAUUAAGCCGACAAAAAUCAUUUGCUGGCAAACCUGCUGAACGAUCUCUUUCAUCCUCGCCUGCCUCGUCUCAGGCUUCCCUGAAAGGGAAAAGAGAUGCCAUGAACAAUCAUUCUGAGGCCACAGAUUUUAGAGAUUGGUGCCAGGGUGAGUGUCUCAGGCUUGUUGGUACAAAAGAUACGAGUUUCCUUGAAUUUUGCUUGAAGCAGUCCAGAUCUGAGGCCGAGGUGCUUUUGAUAGAGAACCUUGGAUCAUUUGAUCCCGAUCACGAGUUCAUUGACAAAUUCCUCAACUACAAGGAGCUGUUACCAGCGGAUGUCCUUGAAAUUGCCUUUCAAAGUCAGAACGAUACAAAGGUCACUGGUUUCAGUACUGGAAGUGGGAAUUCUGGCAAUGCUGGUGUCGGGGACGUUGAUAAUGACCCUGAUGGCUUCUCGAAAGGGGGGGGCAAGAAGAAGGGGAAGAAAGGGAAGAAGGUUAGCCCCUCAGUUCUGGGGUUUAAUGUCGUCAGUAACCGGAUCAUGAUGGGUGAGAUCCAGAGUGUCGAAGAUUAGGAGAAGAUCUCGAGCCAGUUGUAAAUACAUUUUGGCAUGUUAACUGUUUGUAAAUGCUCCUCACUUUAGGAUUUUUGUUUCCCUUUAUAGAGCGACAGCAGCAGUACUAUUUUAAUCUGCUCAAGCGGUUUUGUCACGUCUGCAGUAGGGUUCUUGUUUUGGUCACACAACCUUAGCGAGGUAUAAUUUUAAAAUUAAAGUAACCUUAUUCA